AUGGCACGUUCUUUCACAUGUGGCACGCGCCUGAUCGUUGCAUCCAGCUUGCUGGCGACGUGGAGUGUUCCGAGUGCCAAUGUGCCGGUGGAGAUUGACUCGAAACGAAACAAUGCCUUCAAACUCUUGAAAAAGUUGGGCACUCGCCAGGGCCGACGCAAGUUGGGCCGCUUCGUGGCGGAGGGCGAGACCUUUCUGCGGCUCAGACCUCGAACCGUCUUCGUGCGGAGGAGCCGAUGGCAGGAGGGUUCCCAGUUCUUGGCGCCGAGCGUGUUGGGGAGCCGCGAGGCACCUGCGGAAGCUGCUGCCACGAGGCCACUCACCUGGGGCGGCGGCCUCCCCAUGGACCCCGGCAGCGCGAUGGCGGACGACACCGCCAGCGUGGCGGUCCUGCGGAACGAGCUCUUCGAUGAGAUCUCCACGCAGGAGAAGUCUCAGGGAGUUCUUUGCGUCUUCGGAUUGCCUGAGGGCCCCGCGCCAGCGAUCGGGCAGAGGGUGGUGGUGCUGGAUGGCGUUGAAGACCCCAACAAUUUGGGCGUCAUCUUGCGGACUUUGGAGGCCUUCAACUGCAGGACCCUGCUGGUGACCAAGGGCACCGUCGAUCCCUUCAACGCGAAGGUCGUCCGCUGCUCCAUGGGCGCCGCGGUGCGCGGAGCGGUGCACGUCCGGGAGGUGGCGCAGCCGGAGCUCGCCUCGUUGCUGGCGGAGCACCGGGUCUUUGUCACUGAGCUCAGGGAGGACGCGCUGCCCUCUUGGAGCUUGGGGGAACAUUUGACCGGUCAAGAUGCCUUCGUGUUCGGCAACGAGGCCCGGGGCGUGAGCCCAGAGGUCGCCCAGCUGGCGCAGCGGCGUUUGUGCAUCCCCAUGUCGCCCAGCGUGGAUUCCCUCAACGUGGGCAUCUCCGUGGGCAUCGUCCUCCACGAGGCCGCACGGCCAAACGCUCACAGCGUCAGCGCUGCAUCGGAUGGUUCGGCCGGAAAAAACAGGACGCGGGGUGGGCCCUUCCGGCUGAAGACACCGCAAUCUGAAGCAAACGCUGGUGGUGAGGCGGGGUUCUUCGGCCUUUUCGGCCUGGUUCGACCGGUUCGCAGGAUCUCCACCUCGCUUGCCUCGCGGAGGCGCUUAUUUUCGAAGGUCACCGAGAUGGAUCGCAUCAAGGCGGAAGCGCGGACGCCCUCGAUCCUCUCCUGUUCUCGCCGCACCGAUGUGCCAUGGGCCUUUUUGCGGCAGUACUUGAAGGCCUUUCGAGAAGGAUUCCUCUACGUGCGCAGCCCUGUGACCGGCGACAUGGACCCCGUGUGUUUGAAGCCCUACGAUGCCAGCACGGGGCGUGGUGUGAUGUGCAUCAGCUGGUGGUCCAAGAACUACUGCAAGUGGAUCGAAGAGUUCAAAAAGCAGGACAGCAUUCUGCACAGCUAUCCGGUGCAUAUGUUCAAUUUCACCGUGAACUCGGAUGACAAAGUCUUGGAGCCGGGAGUGUUCCCGCCACUGCAGGAGCGCUUAGGACAGGUGACCUGGCUGGCGUCCACCUUCGGCGCCCACGCGUUGAACGUGCGCUUCGAUCCCAUCGUCCACUACCGGAUGAAGGGCCAGACGGCGGUGCGCAAUAACCUGGGCGACUUCGAAGAGAUCGUGAAGCAUUUGGGCCUCCUAGGACUGGGAGCUCAGUGGGAGAGCACGGUGUGCGGCUGCGAGCGGCGCACGUUGCGGCGCGCCCUUGGAGCGAGCGGUGUGCGCGAGCGGUUUUCGCAAGCGGCUGCGCACACGGACGUCGGAGCGGUCCGAAACAUGCUCUCCGCUGGCGUGGAAUUGGUGGCCCUCUCCGAGGAGCAGCAACGAGCAGUGUUGGAUCAGCUGCUGCCCUUGGCGCACCGCUACGCCGUGGAGAUGCGCUGCUGCUGCGACGACACGCUCUUCGGCCACCGGACGCCGGUGGAAGCCAAGGUCGAGGUUCGCAAGGUUCGCCGCUGGGGCGUUGGCAAGGACCGUUCGCCUCGCCGGAUGGGUGUUCGCCGCCGGGAGAUGGGUGAACUUAGGCAAGCAAUCGUACGAAAGAAGGACUUCUUGUGUGUGAAAGAGUCUCGAUGUCUGGACGCCCGCCUGGCCGACCGCCUGGCGAAGGAGAAGGGCCUUUCAAUCACCUUUCCACAUCAGAAGGAUCGAGGGCAGCGAGAGAUGUGCAACUGCACGGCCUCCAGGGAGAUUGGACAAUAUGAGCUGCUUGGUAAUCAGAGGCCUUGGGGGUGGCCAUGGGGCUCAACUUGGAGCCCAUGGCGUGCAGAGAAAGCAAUAAACACCAUGAAGUACGUACUUACCAGGACCUUCCCAGUGACCGUCCUUGACAUCCCGGGACCUCGCUGCACUCUUGCAAAGGCCACGUGUUUUUGCCACAUUCCUGAAGUCACUUACCUCGAAGCCCCAGUCCCCCAGAACUUCCGUCCAAUGACUCCAGUUUUGAGAUCCCCAGUCUGGGACCACUACCAGGCCAGGGGGUGA